AUGGACACAGUGAAAAAGCUGUCUUAUGGCAACACUGUUGCUGCCCAUGGUGGUGGUGAUGGUGAUAAUGCAUCUGCUACUUCUGAACCUGGUGUAAGAAAUGGAUUCAUCCGACAAAUGCAUUGUGGGAAGGCUCGUGAUCAUCAAUUUCCUGUUGCACAAAAAAAGCAUGUUGGGCUGAAGAAGAAAACAUCUGGUGAAAAGAAUAAGGUUCUGAAGUAUGUGGGUGCUAUGGAUGACCAGUUAUCCGAAUCAUUCUCUGAGGAUUAUGAUUUGCCUGAUUAUGACAAUAUAUUGAUGAUAGUUAAUCAACUUCAAAUGAAGUAUAAAGAUUCUGGAAAACCACUGGAAAUCCAGGAUGCAGUUCGUUCAUAUAAAAUGUUAGUAGAAUGUAACCAAAGCCACUCAGAAUUGCUUAUCGAAAAAAGUAAGAACAAGAUAAACCAAGGGAGCGAAGUGAUGAAGAAGCCAAGAGAAACAGAAAAAGCAAAACUGCAGCUCAAGUGCAAAAAUGAAGAUCAAGAACGAGGGCUCGUUGAUGUGGGAUCGCCUGAAAAACAAGAAGUGCAACGAAGAAAUGCUGGUGGUUGCUCUGAAAAAAGGAAGAAACAAUUAACUGAAAAGGAACAACAACACAAUAGAGAAAAGCAACAGCUGGAACUGUACCUUAGAGCCCAAGAUACGGAGCUGCGGAACCUCAGAAAUGAUAUAAAUAAGUUGCAAGAAGCACAGCAUCCAGAGACAGAGGCUGAACACGGUGACAGCAUGACGAAAGAACACCUGCAAAAGGUCGAACAUGAAGUUUCCAAGUUAGUAGAAACCAUCAAAAAGCAAACAGAGACAAUAGAACAGCUUGAGAGAAAACUACCAAGUGAAGGUAAAACAUUGGCAGAAACUGGCCAUCUGACACAAGCAGGACAAGAGUUCUUUAAUGCUUUCAGAGAAAUGCGCACUACUUCAGUAAUGAGCCAGCUGGAACUCAGAAUCCAACGUCUGGAAAGGGAAUUCUCUGAAAUUAAGACCCGAACACGUGAGAAUGUUAUGGUGCUGGAAAACUAUGUCAAACUUCAUCAGUCACAUAAGCUGAUGGAGACUGAAGCUAAGCUGAAGGAGGUCACGACCCAAUUUGUCAUGCUGAUUCAGCACAACACAGCAUUACUGAACUUGCUAAGCUCCAUAUUUGCCUCUGAGGGUCCCUGUGUGACAAAUUUUCAUAGAAGAUUGGGGAGCCUCUUUACCCAAGAGAACACACCGACUCCCACUUUAGACCCACAACCUUCAAAUCAGUCCAUAACAGCCCACCUGGAUGCGCCUAUGAAUGACAAGGAAGAUUUCAAUAAAGCACUCACCAAGUCGGUUCCAUCUGCACAAUCUGAGCUGCAUCAAACAAAGAAUUGUCUGGAAUCAGCUAAAGAGAAAACUCCAGGUAAAAAAUGUUUUAAACCAACAAAAACAUCAACUGUAUGUGAAAAUGGAGAGCAUAGUUUCUCUGAAGUUUCAAAUACCAGGCAAUUUGAAAAGAAUAUUCCAAUUGAUGAACCACAACAUGAGAUAGUAAGAGAAGAUCAAGAAAUGUUUGACAACGUACCAGAGAACCACAAUGCCUUGUUCAUAACUCCAAGGGAAUUCAGAUAUACAAAUCUGGAAUCUGAACACUCAAAAGAAACAACUCAUCAAGCCUUCUGUAAAGCUGAACCAGAAAAAUAUAAGGAUCCCUGUCUAGAAUGGGUAGCAAUGACAAGUUCAUCAUCUCAAAGACAACUAAGGUCUAAGGACAGACAAGAUGGGUCCAUGAGGAAGAACUUCAAUAAAAUGGAAGCGUAUACACCUGCAUCAAACAUGUGCAUGAUGAGCUCUGAUCCAGGGUUUGGAUCUGGACGUCUCUACAACAGUUUAGGAUACAGCAGAAAUGUUCUGCAAAGAGAACCCUUAAUGACAAGCUCGAGACUACAGCCCUUUGAGAAUUCAUUGAGCUUCCAAAACAGGGUAAGAGACGAAAAUCAGCAAAAUUCUUAUGACAAAAUAGGAAACCAUAAUGUCUCAUUCAUAAAGCCACAGAAAUCCACACUUUCAAACCUGCAGUCCAAACACCCAGAAGAAGUAAAUCAUCAAGCCUCAUGUAAAGCAGAACCAAAACGCUAUGAAGAGCCAUAUUCUGAAAGGAUAGAAAUAACAAAGCCAUUACCUUAUGACCAACUAAAGACUAAGGACAGGCAAGAUGAGUCCUUGAGGAGGAACUUUGAUAAAACUUCUAAGCCAAACUUGUGUACGACAACAAAUCCUGCUCCAGGGUUUGGAUCUGGACAACUCUACAACAAUUUGGAACACAGUGGAAGUCUCAUGCAUAGAGAAGCCAUGAUGCCAAGCUCCAGGCCAUAUCAUUUUGUGGAAAGUCUGGAUAGCUACCUAUGCAGGACAUGGCAGCAAUUACAUGACCACUGCUAG